AAGAAAAAAGAAAGAAGAAUCAAACAAGCCAUUUGAAUGCAAGAGGGAAUUUGACUACAAAUUGCAUACGAUGGAGCCCAACUAAAAUUUGUGACCCUGAAGAGGAAUCGCCACUUGUUGAUAAGGGUUGUGACGAUAUUAUUUAUCCUUUUGAAGCAGGCUUUUGUGAAUGUAUUAACAAAGAAACGGAUUCAAAGGUGGCUUAUGAUCAAGAAUGUGACCAUGAACCGUUACAAUGUUCGAACGUUUGCGAAAACCCCGAGAAAGAUAAUAAAGAAAUGGAUGAUGAUCGGUUUGAUAUGGACGAUGGCGCUUCAUUUGAAUUACCGGAGGCACGAGACCUCCGUUUUGAAUUGAAGGAAUCCCGUGAAAGAGUGGAAAAGCUUUCAUCUUCUGUAGAAGAAAUUCAAAAUCGAUUGAAUCGAAGUAUCAACACAGGGGAUGUUAUCAGAACUUUCAGUAAUGAAUGUUUUUCUUUGAAUACUUCGGCCCACACAUAUGAAAUUUGUCCUCUUAAGGAUGUACAUCAGUAUGAUAAAGGCACAACACACGGUCCAUGCAUUGGGAGGUGGGGAAGGUUCGGUGAUAACACGUAUUCUCUGUGGUCGAGUACGAGUGAUUACACUCACAUGAUAUUUGAAAAUGGUGAUCGGUGCUGGAAUGGUUUGACUCGUAUGACUGAUGUUUACGUGAUAUGUGGUCCGGAAAACAAGCUGGUUCAAGUUGAGGAGCCAUCCAUGUGCCGAUAUACUAUGGUGUUUGAAACGCCAGCUGUUUGCGAAUGA